AAUUGCUUCAUUUCGUUAGCUUUACUCUUUGGCAGCUGCCUCUCCUCUCCUCUCCUCUCCUAUACCAAUCUGUACACAAUGGUAAACUUCGCAGUUUUUUGAAUAACACGGAUUGGCCUCUUAGCAACAAUUGGGGUUUUGAUUUGGGAACUACGAUUGGAUCUUCAACAGCUUGAGAGGGGCAUCUGAAGUACAGAAUGACGAACGAACUUCCAUUGAUACCCGAUGAACUUAGUGUUGGAAGGAAGCAAGAUCGUUUCCCGGUUUCCUUUUUUGCUUCUGUCGGUCGGAUAGUUCGUCUCCUUUGUACUUUAGAUGUCUCUUCCAUGCUGUUUGAAGUUGUUUGUAGGUCUACUAAUCUCCAAGAACAAGUUCAAUGACUUCAUUUUUUAGCAGAAGCUGAGUCGAAGUGGAGAUUGUUCGAAAAGCACUAGAAGUUUGAACAAUUUGAUCUACCGUGGAGCUGAAAAAAAAAAAAGCAAGAGAGCUAUACCUACCUUCACUAAUAAUGGAUCUGUGAAAGAUGACCGACUAUGACAGUUCUUAUGACGAAAUCUUUGCUGAUUACCCUCUGAGCAACACCAUCCUGGGACCUACCGUAGAAAUUCAUACGGAGGCAUCUAAAGUACAAACUAGCGCGGACGGACUGCUGUUGUCCAGCCUGGAAUCUACAAGAAACCUUCGACAGCCUGGGAGGGCGACGCCUGAAGUACAAGGUGGGACGAACGGACUGCCGUUGUCCAGCCUUGAAUCUACAGGAAACCUUCUACAGCUUGGGAGGGCGACACCUCAAGUAAAAGAUGGCGCCAAUGGACUGCUGUUUUCGGUCGAUGGUAAUCAGGCUAACUUGGGCAUGAAAAGAGACCUUGAAUUAGUCCCCUGUCGCUUGUCCGUAGCUGAAGGACGAGUCACAAAGAAGCAGUGCCGGAGAACCUUUUUUAUCGAUGAAUCAUCAACUCUCCAACAACCAGAACCGAAAAGGAAAGAGCUUAUUUCGGGAAAAACUAUCAAGGAAGGUGCGAAAGUUUUAGUGGAUCGGAUAGACCGAAGAUUAAAUAGAACUUAUGGGAAGGUAUACAAGAUGAUGGCGAUGAAAGCCUCUCAGCUCUGCCCACAAGUUUUCGGGUCCCUUGAGCAAAUCGAAACACAAUGGCCAGUGCUGUCUGAUCUCCAGAAAGUUAAGCAAAAUAUCAAGGAAAUCCUGGAGAAUCACAAGGGACGCUUAUUAUCAGAAGCUGAGGCGAAGCAGAAACUGCUUCAAGUAGAAAAGGAGCUCGAACGAUUUGAUCAACUAGAGGAGUUCAACGGGGAGACGGUAGAAAAGCUUUAUUCUGCAUGUUCACAGAUGAAAGAAGUUGGUGGAAGUUUGCCAACUCGUGAAGAAAUUCAAUCUAAAUUUAGUGAAUUGGAAAAGGAAAUUUAUGCGAAAGACAACAACAAAGUGGAUGUUGAAGACUUCCUUGGCUUACAACAAGCAUUAGAUAACAUUACUGGCUGGGGAAGACUUCCAAAUUACCUUGAACCUAUUGCGAUUCGAAUCGAAGAAGCUCGUGGAAAAGCCACUGAAAUUUCCCAAAUCGGUAGUCAACUUCUGGUCUGCGCAGCAAUUAAAGAGAUGGAAAAUUUGCUAGUCAAGGAUUUGGACUUGGAUAGGUUGAGAAAGUGGGGAGCCACCCUUAAUAAGGCCAAAGAACAUGGUUUUCAAGUGGGGUUUGCUGAUAACCUGUUGGAGUUGAAGUUGCUUGCCUACUUUGCUACUCAAUUAUUGGGUUCUGGAAUCAUAAUUGGCUGAGCUUUCAUGGUUGUGCAUCAAAAGGUGUUUUUGCAGUUGCAGCAAAGUAUUUGGUAAAUCAACCUUCCAUAUAAGCUUCAAUUUGGUUUUCAUGGACUUUAGUUUCUAUAUUUACUUGUUCUCUAUCUAAAACUUUAUGGUUUUCGGUAUCUUAACUUGUUUAUCUGUAUUGCAUUCAUAUAUUUUGUUGUGUGUUAUGGUUUAUCUGAAUUGUAUUCAUAUAUUUUGUUGUGUUAUAAUUGUAUUUGAGAUGCUUUAUAUUUAUAUUUAUAUUUUAUGUUUAUGGA